CAAGAUCUACCGGACUACCUUGAUGUAAUUAUUGGCGAGAAGAUUCAAAUAGAAAAGUUUCAUCUCAAUUUUUCAGUGGUUACUCGAUCUUCUAAUCAUCAACAUCCCGAAACCAUGAAGAUUUUCUGUUUAAUCCUGGGAUGUUUAUUUUUUUCGGUCCAAGGCCAAUUUGGUCUCUUGGGUGGGGGAAUAAAAACUCUAGAAAAAGUUGCGACUCCUGUUAAAGGACUGCCAGGAGUAGCAAAUUUGGAACAAUUGGAGAAGGUGUUUUUACAAGACUGGCUUGAUUUCGGGACAAAAUUCAACAAAAAGUACAACCCUGUCGAGGCACCUCUUCGCAAGGCCAACUUCCUUCAAAACAUCGAUACCAUCACAAAACUAGCUACUGAUAGCGUUCUGAGCUUCGGGUUGAAGAUCAACGAAUUCGCGGACAUGCUUUUCGACGAGUUCAACGAGCUGUUCAACGGCUUCAACAGAAACGGCCAACUGCGACGUCACUCGCAGUCGUCCAAGGCGGAAACUUUUGUGCCCACAGCUGGAGAGUCCCUCCCGGAAAGCGUGGACUGGAGGGAGAAGGGGGCCGUUAGCCCUGUGAAGAACCAACAGCAGUGUGCUGGAUGCUGGGCCUUUUCAGUGGCUGGAUGUGUGGAAGGCCAGAACGCCAGAAAGACGGGAAAAUUGGAGGAAGCCAGCGUACAGCAUCUGAUAGACUGUGCUACCGGUCGAUACGACAAUGACGGAUGUCGUGGAGGCCUUACCGAAACAGGUUUUGACUUCGUUGAGGACAAUGGAAUCAACAGCUAUUCGGACUACCCAUACGAGGCAGUUAACACUUCCUGUAGGUCCAAGGAAAAUACAAUUGCUAAGACACAAGGUUACAUCAGAAUUCCGGAAGGCGAUGAAAAGGCCUUAGCCCAGGCUCUGGCCAAGUUUGGGCCCAUAUCCACCGCCAUCCACGUUACCAAGAACUUCCAGUUCUACGGCGAGAAAAUCUUCGACGACCCAGAAUGUCGUAACACACCCGACGACCUGAACCACGCUCUGCUCAUAGUUGGCUAUGGAAAGGAGGCCGACGGCAGGAAAUUCUGGCUGGUGAAGAACUCCUAUGGGACAACCUGGGGGUUGGAUGGGUACUUCAAGGUAGCCAAGGACGAAGGGAAUAAAUGUGGAAUCGCGACCUAUGCCAGAUACCCCAAGGUUUAAGGAACAGACGAAUGCAUUUAAUAUCUAAGUUUAUAUUGCAGUUUUAUUGUGAUUUUGCGAAAAAAUUUUAUUAAAUAAUUAUUAAAUUAAAAAAAAACAUAAA